ACUUAAUAACCAAUUUAUUGCAAACUUUGAAAAGUGUAAAGCCAAUGCUAGAACCACUUUUAGUUUGGGUUUGACAGAAAAGAGCACCGAAGACUUUGAAGAGUGUGAAAACAACACUAGAACCAUUUUUAGUUUGGGUUUGGGUUCAAGUUUGGAAGUAAGUGAAGAUAUUUGUGAAUCUUUAAGUUUAGAAUUAGGAAUAGUAAAAGAUAAUAGUUGUAUAGGUUUGAAAGUAAGUGAAGUUAAUACUAGAUCUACUUUUAGUCUGAAAUUAGAAUUGGAAGGUGGUAUGGAUUUGGAAUCUAAUAAUAAAUUAUAUGUAGGGUUGACAAAAGAUAAAAGUGGUUUAGGUUUGGAAGUAAGAGAAAAUAGUAAAGGUUUAGUAAAAAGUAAUGGUAGUGUAAAUUCAAAUUUAGAACUAGCAGAAAGUAGAUCUAGUAUGGCAUCAGAUUUUGGGUCAGGUUCUGUACAUUCAUUAAGUUUUGAAAAAG